UUUUUUUUUUUUUUAAAGAAAAGUCAUUUAUGAUGUUUCCGUUUAUUUUAAUAUCUUAAGUUUAAUAAGUGAAUUUUUAAAAAAUGUCAAAUGUUCAUAUUUUGGAAAACUCAUAAACCAGCAGAAAUUGCUUUUAAUUUGUACUGUUUUUCUCUUAGAAUACUGUGUAUAUAGUUUUUUUUUUAAUUAUUAAAUUGAUUAUCACAGGGAGUUAGAAAUCUUUUGCCCCCCCCCCCCGAUUUCUCUUUCCCAAAAUGAAAAACCAAAAUGUGACAGUUAUUUAAAAUACAAAACAAAAUAAUACCAAAAGCAAAGGAACUGCUUACCUACUCAGGAAUGUUAAAAAUUGUUUUAAGAAAAUUUAAUUAGAUCUAGAACUUUUGUCAUAAUUUAGCUUGAUAACCUGGAUUGACUUAAAUUUACUGCUUAGAAUUUGUUUUAUCUUCUCUCAAUAAGACUUUUAAAAAGAAUAUUACUUGAGUAACAUUUUGGGAGAGUUGGGGCAGAUUUCCCGAGCUACCCUGGCAACUGAGGAGACAGUUUUACACUAGCCUGUGUGGGUGUGUGUGGGGUUAAUGAAACUUUUGUCUUUCUCUCACCAAUCAAAAGGUAAUACGUUAUCAUUGUGAAAAUUCACAUAACACAGAAGUUAUAAAUCAGAAGGCAGAAUUCCCCCUCGUCCAAGUCCCCUGACUUUCACUUGUCCAGAUUUCUUCUUCUCUAUGUACUAAUGUGUUAAUGAUGACUUUAUUUUUUAAAAUUACUGUCCAGGUGACUGUCCCAGCAUUUGUGCAACAGGCCACAGCCUCCACCCAGCCCCCCGUCACUCUCAAAGACACACCAAAAUUCCUGGGCCUCUUCUUAAUUAAUGGGCAUUUAGGGUUUUCAUUUUGAUUUCUACAAAUAUAUAGUGUUGCUGUGAAGUCCUUCACACAAAUUCUUGGAUCUUUUGAUGCUUUUGUAGAAGUUCCUAGAAAUAGAAGGAUUGCAAGGGCAGAAGGAUGUGCGUGUGUGCAAAUGUGUGGCUCUGUUUGCAACAUAUUUAGAAUUCAGUAGAUACCACCAGAUUUCUCCAGCCCCAGUUGUUUUAUAUUCUCCCUCCUGUCUAUGAAAGUAGACACUUUUACCUGUAUGUUCCUGACACAAAAUAUUAUCAGUCUUUUUCAUCUUUGUCAGUUGGAUAGGUAAAAAAAUCGCCACAAUUUGAAUUUCAUUUAAUCAGUGAUAGAGUCUUUUUGUUGUCUGUUUUAUAUGUAUUUUGUGAAUUGGUUAUUAUGGUCUUGGAUCUUUUAAAAUUAGGGGGUCCUUUUCUCAUUAUUUGAAAACCCUGGUGGCGUAGUGGUUAAGUGCUACAGCUGCUAGCCAAGAGGUCAGCAGUUCGAGUCCACCAGUCCACCAGGCGCUCCUUGGAAACUCUAUUGGGCAGUUCUACUCUGUCCUAUAGGGUCGCUAUGAGUCAGAAUCGACUCGAAGGCAGUGGGUUUUUUUUUUCUCAUGAUUUGUAAGGACUUUCUGUGUAUUAUGAGUAUUAGUUUUUUUUUUUUUUUAACCAUCUGUGUUGUAGAUCUUACUUUCCAAUUUGUAGUCCAAUUGGAAUUUUUUUUCUUUCUUGUGUUUCUUAAAGGAGCCCUGGUGGCUCAGGCUUAAGUGUUCAGCUACUAACCAAAAAGUCAACGGUUUGAACCCACCAGUCGCUCCGUGGGAGAAAGAUGAGGCAGUCUGCUUCCUCAAAGUUUUACAGCCUGGGAAGCCCUACGGGGCAGAUGGACUCUGUCCUGUGGUGUCGCUAUGAGUCGGAAUCGACUCAACGGCAAUGGGUUUGGUUGGUUUGGUGUUUCUUAAAGGCUUGGGAAGUCUCUCUCCUCUUCAGGGUUGUAAAGUCAUCUGCCUGUCUUUUUCUUUGGUUCUUGUAGUUCUUUUUGUUUUCAUUUUUUAUGUUUUGAUAUCCUCUAACCUGUCAGGAAUUCCAUUUGUAUGAAGAGCGAGUUGGGGUUCUGGUUUUUAAUUUUUCUCUAUUUGCCCUUCCAGUGGUCCACCGUUCUGUGUCGAGGAGCAGAGGUAAAUCUGUUCUGCAGAGAUGAACAGAGUCACCCCACCUGCGGGUGAUCACCUGCGCAAGUCCACCUCUGAGCAAGGAUUUAGCACUUCAGGGACGACAGCCCGCUGUCGGGCCAGCACAGACGACGCUGCUUGUAUCAGCAUCUCUAUUCUACUUCUUAGCUUUUGUGUUUGAAUUUUUGUUUCUUUCACUGACAGUGAAGGCCAGGCUUCUGCAGCUAGGAGAUGCUGAAGGGCUCUAAACCCCGGAAGCUGUGUUCCAGACACUAUCUGACUCAUGUUCCACAUGGGUGUGGCUGUUUUCCAGGGAGAAGUGUGAGCUCACUGACCCUGUGAGAGCGUCUUUUUCUGGCACUUGUGCGAGCUCAGCGGCCGCACACUGCAGGCUGGCGGGUCCCCUUGGGUCUGGAAAGGCUGUGGGCAGCGGUGGCCGCACACUACAGGCUGGCGGGUCCCCUCAGGUCUGGAAAGGUGCUGAGCAGUCUUGGCCACAUGCUGCAGGCUGGUGGGUCCCCUGGGUCUGGAAAGGCUCUGGGCAGUUGUGGCUGCACACUGCAGCCUGGCGGGUCCCCUCGGGUCUGGAAAAGCACUGGGCAGCUGUGGCUGUACACUGCAGGCUGGCGGGUCACUCCCGGUCUGGAAAGGUGCUGGGCAGCCGUGGCUGCACACUGAGGGCAGGCAGGCAGGUCACCCCUGGUCUGGAAAGGCUCUGGGCCGUUUUGGCCACAUGCUGCAGGCUGGUGGGUCCCCUGGGUCCGAAAGGUGCUGGGCAGUUGUGGCUGCACACUACAGGCUGGCGAGGCCCCUGGGUCUGGAAAGGCGCUGGGCAGUUGUCAAAUGCUGCAGGUUGGCGGAUCCCCCUGAGUCUGCAAAGGCGCUGGGCAGUCAGUACCUGUAACACAGUGGAGAUAACUUAUGGUCAGUUCUGGUAGGAGCUGCUCCUCUCUGCUCUAAUACCCAUGAUUCGCUGCUUUCAUGAGGUUGUCAGGUUUGUUUUCUUCCCCACUUUUAUUUCUGACCCUCUGCCGUUUGAGCCACAUAUUUUGUUCAGGAAUGUCUCCCCUCUCCCACUUUGGCUUCUCAACCAGGUUAUAAACUCACUCCUGUGUUGCCGCCUCUUAACUCUGCCCACGGUGGACAGUUGUCGCACUCUUUGAUAUCUCACACUUGAAGGUAGUUUUUCCUUCAGCACUUUACUCCCACAAAAGGAGCCUGAAUUUAAGUUAUACGCUAUCAUUUUCACUAGAAGGGCUAGCUGAUUUUAAACUGGGGCGUGCUAUCUUUUCUCUGCUCAAAUCCUGAAGAAUAUAGGGAGCGUCGGAAACCAUCCUAAGCUUUUCUCGAGAGUUGGGUGGCAGCUAAUGCCUUCUCCUCACUUCCUCCCUGGGGUGGCGACCUUCCCACACCAUAGCUGUGAGAAGGCUCCUUGUUGUUUUACUUGGAAAGGCUGAAGGAUAUCAGAUAAUAUCAACUGUUCAUUGUGUCUUCUGGCGUGAACUAAAUGGGGCAGUCAGUGUCCAGGAGUACUUUCUCACUUGGCUAAUGGACUGUAUUUCCCCUACUAUAAGGAAGCUGUACUUAACCCUCCUGAUGUUGAAGGUUGCUCAGGCAGGAUGGCUAUGGCUAGUGCCUUCUGGGGGGUCCCACUGUCAAACAGGGCAUCACACCUGCACCACAGGGAGCUGUGGAUUUUAAAGACGAUAGCGUUUGUGAAGUCUCUAGCACCGUGCGUGGCACAUAGUAGGUGUGUUAAUGUUUCUCCCUUCCCUGCAGGCCACUCACCUGCUCUUCCCUCCGCGGUUUUCCAUAACAGUUUUUGCUUGGAACCAGCCUCUGCCAAGAGUCUCAGUUGGGCUGUGUCCUCCUACAGCUGCUAGUUUGGGCGUGGCUCCCCUCUGCAGCCCCCAGUGGCCCAGCCACGUGCUCGCCUGUUGUACCAGCUGGUUGAUUGCUCCGUGAGCAGUGACUUGGAUUUCCCCACACAAGCCAUCCCCCUGAAGACGCUGAACGCGGUCGCCUCCGUGCCCAUCAUGUACUCCUGGUCCCCCCUGCAGCAGAACUUCAUGGUGGAAGAUGAAACUGUUUUACACAACAUUCCUUACAUGGGGGAUGAAGUUUUAGACCAGGACGGGACCUUCAUUGAAGAGCUGAUCAAGAACUAUGAUGGCAAAGUGCAUGGGGACAGAGAGUGCGGGUUUAUCAAUGACGAGAUCUUUGUGGAGCUGGUGAAUGCGCUUGGUCAGUACAGUGAUGAUGAUGAUGACGACGAUGCAGAUGACCCUGAUGAGCGAGAAGAGAAGCAGAAAGACCUGGAGGAGCCCCGUGACGAUAAAGAAAGCCGUCCACCCCGGAAGUUUCCUUCUGAUAAAAUUUUUGAAGCCAUUUCUUCGAUGUUUCCAGAUAAGGGCACAGCGGAAGAACUAAAGGAAAAGUACAAGGAGCUCACGGAGCAGCAGCUGCCUGGGGCACUGCCACCCGAAUGCACCCCUAACAUUGAUGGGCCCAACGCCAAGUCGGUGCAGCGGGAGCAGAGCCUGCACUCGUUUCACACGCUCUUCUGCCGGCGCUGCUUCAAGUACGACUGCUUCCUGCACCCUUUUCAUGCGACACCCAACACGUACAAGCGGAAGAAUACAGAAACUGCUCUCGAUAACAAACCCUGUGGACCACAGUGUUACCAGCACCUGGAAGGAGCUAAGGAGCUCGCCGCUGCCCUCACGGCUGAGCGGAUCAAGACCCCCCCGAAACGCCCUGGGGGUCGCAGGAGGGGGCGGCUGCCCAACAACAGCAGCCGGCCCAGCACCCCCACCAUCAAUGUGCUGGAGUCAAAGGACACGGACAGUGACCGGGAGGCUGGGGCAGAGACAGGCGGGGAGAACAAUGACAAGGAGGAAGAGGAGAAGAAGGACGAGACGUCUAGCUCCUCGGAAGCAAAUUCUCGGUGCCAAACGCCAAUCAAGAUGAAGCCGAACGCUGAGCCUCCUGAGAGUGUGGAGUGGAGUGGCGCAGAGGCCUCCAUGUUCCGGGUCCUCAUCGGCACCUACUACGACAACUUCUGUGCCAUCGCACGGCUCAUCGGGACCAAGACGUGUAGACAGGUGUAUGAAUUCAGAGUCAAGGAAUCCAGCAUCAUUGCACCUGCUCCCGCCGAGGACGUUGACACGCCUCCCAGAAAGAAGAAGAGGAAACACCGAUUGUGGGCUGCCCACUGCAGAAAGAUACAACUGAAAAAGGACGGCUCCUCGAACCACGUAUACAACUACCAGCCCUGCGACCACCCACGGCAGCCCUGUGACAGCUCCUGUCCUUGUGUCAUCGCACAGAACUUCUGCGAGAAGUUCUGCCAGUGCAGCUCGGAGUGCCAGAACCGCUUCCCCGGGUGCCGCUGCAAAGCGCAGUGCAACACCAAGCAGUGCCCCUGCUACCUGGCGGUCCGAGAGUGCGACCCCGACCUAUGCCUGACCUGCGGGGCCGCAGAGCACUGGGACAGCAAGAAUGUGUCCUGCAAAAACUGCAGCAUCCAGAGAGGCUCCAAGAAGCAUUUACUGCUGGCUCCCUCGGACGUGGCGGGCUGGGGCAUCUUCAUCAAAGACCCGGUUCAGAAGAAUGAGUUCAUCUCUGAGUACUGUGGAGAGAUCAUUUCUCAGGACGAAGCUGACAGGAGAGGGAAGGUGUAUGACAAGUACAUGUGCAGCUUUCUCUUCAACCUCAAUAACGAUUUUGUGGUGGAUGCAACCCGCAAGGGUAACAAAAUCCGUUUUGCGAAUCAUUCGGUAAAUCCAAACUGCUAUGCAAAAGUGAUGAUGGUCAAUGGUGACCACAGGAUCGGCAUCUUCGCCAAGCGGGCCAUCCAGACCGGUGAGGAGCUGUUCUUUGACUACAGGUGGGUAACGCCCAUUCCCAGUGUGGCCCCAGGUGGGCUUCUUGCCUCAGGCCUUGUGCUUGGUGAGGAUUUUCCGUUCGUCACAUAUGCCCUGCACACACUUGGUCUCGUGUGCUCCCAGCACCUGCUCACUGCACAGCUAGCACCUGCUCACUGCACAGCUUGUUCAGCUCUCUGGUGUCUUCAGCGUCAGCACACCGAGCCUCGUGAUCGCAGGCGCCCGUCACUCAUGUUGUCACUGACUGCUCUCAGCGAGGCCUCGCAUCCCUGGGUCCCCUCCUGGUGAUGCGUGAAGGCCCGCAGGAUGGGCCGUUUCUGACGUGAGCUCAGGCCCUGAGCCAGCUGUGCCAUAGCUAGUGUGGGGUAGGGCCGACAUUCACGUCUCAGUCUUACACGACAUGUGCAGCUCGACCCCUCCAGUGUGAGUGUCUGGAGGGAGGAGGAGCGGCGGCCUGCCUUGGAGUCCCUUCGGCAGCAGCUGGGUGGGGGUGUAGGAGCAGCGACCCCGGGGGGUCCUGUGGUGGUUCUCAUUCGCCAUGGUGGCAUCUGCUGUGGCCUUUCAACCCUGGGUGGAUGCAACAGGCACAGUUCCUGAUGGCUUCCAUGUCCGUUGUCGUUGCAGAUACAGCCAGGCCGAUGCCCUGAAGUAUGUGGGGAUCGAGAGAGAGAUGGAGAUCCCCUGACAGCUGCUGCCUCCCAAAGCUGCUGCCUCGGUGCUGGGAUCUCUAGUGCUGCAGCAACUUAGAAAUGCAGUUUGAAUUCUGAAUUUGCAAAGUACUGUAACAGUAAUUUAUAGUAACGAGUUUAAAAACCCACUUUUUAUCGCCUUCUCACCAGCUACAGAGUGUUUUGUACCAGUGACUUUUUGCAAUAACGCCGUGUGGUACAUUUUUCAACUUUGAAUAAAGAAUACUUGAAUUUCCCUUGUUGCACACUCAUUAAUUAACUGUCCAGGAAGGCGGUUUCUGAUGUGAUGGACUCGGCUGUCACGCCUGAGGUCUCCAGUGUCUGCUGUCUUGUGUUGCCUGAUUGUUGACAAGCAGAACGACACUGAGGGCACAGGUGAUGCCGUCCUGUGCAUGAAGCCAGCAGGGUGGGGCGUCUGGUCAGCAGUGCCACCCAGGCCUGUUUCUCACACACAGGAUGCUGGGCAACCCUCAGAACCUACAGGUCAGACAGCCUCCAAAGCCUAGCCUUAAGAGAUGCAUGUGCAGGUGGGCCGCACUGGGCUUCCUGUCUCCUGAGGCUGCAGUUGUCUCCCACGCGGUUGACGCUGGCACCUGUGGGGAAGCCCACCAAGAGCCAACGUCAGCCCCUGGCGGGUGGUUACUGCCUCUUCUACACAGUUAAACAGAUAUUGCCAGAACAGGAAGCAAGGUGAGUUAGGCUGAGGCCUUCUCUGGUUUCUGUCACAUUUUUGCACAGGACAGCUUUUCAGUUCCCGUUGUGAGGAGACCCUGCCUUAGACUCCGGUCUUGUGUGUUUCUCUGUUUCCAGGAGACGGGACCUCCAGCUCCGCCACCUCAUGUCCACUGGUGGCCCUUGGCGUGGCCCUGAAUUUUGCUGAGAGCACCAACACUUUAACUCACCAAUUCACCUCCCACACUCCAGCUCGAUGGUGACCAUGAAGAUGGAACAGACUUUUUCAGUGGCCACGCAUGACAAAGAAUACAGACUUCACAAAGCUAGUCUAGUCAUUAACCAAACAGCGGUCCCAACAAGCGGCAACAACAAACUGAGAGAAUCUGAUUUCCCCGAGUUGCCAAAUUAAAAUAUUUUAAAUGUCUAGUUACCAACAAAAAAGUACAAGGCAUGCGGAACACAGUAUGACCCACUCCCAGGAGGAGAAAAAACAACUGUCACAUCUACCCAGAAGCUGCUUCAGUACUUCCUGUGUCUUGUCUGGUUCACCCCAUCUCCAGCCUUCAGCAUAUGCACUAGGUGACCUGGCCCCGCUCCCACCCCAUCUGCAGAGAGACAUCGUGCAGUCACAGCUGUAGACAUUCAACACACGACCCUUCUGAUCAUUUCAAACUUGAUACGCUCUGUUAGAGCUGAGUGAGCUUUAGGAUCUUUCUGGAAGUAGCUAAAAGGCUUUUGCUUACCCCUCAGCUUACCAGCGAUUUUAGGGCAGGACGUGUUGGUGACGGGCAUUGAGGAGUGGUCCGUGCUCACUAAACCGUUCGCUGUCCACCGCAGGCUGUGCGAGAACUAGAAAGAGAGACUGAGGCAUAGUCUUCCAGAUGGGCGUGCAAUUCAAAGACAAACCUAUCAGUAUGUUUGACCUUUCAUCUGGGCAUGGUAAAAUCUAAAUUUUUUUCAAAGGAAAACUAAAUACCAGUGCACGGUGGUUAAGAGCUGGGCUGCUAACCAAGAAGUCAGCAGUUUGAAUCCACCGGCUGCUCCUUGGAAACCCUGUGGGGCAGUUCUACUCUGUCCUACAGGGUCUCUGUGAGUCAUAAUCGAUCUGACAGUUUUUCGAGUCUGGUUCAGCGAGGACGUAGGCUGUUUUAUUAUGCUGUCAGUAAGAUGACUGUAAAUUCCAGGUGUCUCUUGAUCCUUACUGUGGGUCAAAGUGCCCCCCCAAAAAGAUAGGUUGAAAUCCUAACCCUGGUACCUGUGAGCGUGACCUUAAUUGGAAAUGGGGUCUUGCAGCUGUCAUCAGUCAACGUGAGGCCUUACUGCAAUAGGAUGGGUCCUAGCCCCAUCUGAGUGGUGUCCUAUAAAUGAAAUGGAGACAGAGAAAAGAUGACCAUAUGAAGACAGACUAGAGUGGCAUAGCCACAAGACAAGUACCUGGAGCCGCCAGCAGCUGAAGAGGCAAGGCAGGACCUUCCCCCAGAGCCUUCAGAGGGAGCACAGCCCUGCCGACAUUUUGAUUUCAGACUUCUGGCCUCCAGAGCUGAGAGAAUAAACUGAAGACACCCAGUUUGCAGUCCUUCGUUAUAGCGGCCACAGGCAGUUCAUGCUGUCUGCCCUCUCCAUCUUCCAGGGCCAGGUCCCCCUGGGUCUCAGCGGCCUCACCUUGCAAGGCCAUGAGAGUGAUGCCUAGCAGUCCAGCUCCCGUGGGGGUGCGGGAGGGGUUUUCAAUUCUGGUCCACAUCCCCGGGGGCCUGCCCAUGUGAGGAGGGAGAAGCCUGAAGGCUGUGUUGGAACCAGGUAAGCGCUCAGUCACUACCGCAUCAGCCACUGCUUGCUUCUCUGCCACACCUUGUCCACCUUUCCACGGCCUCCUGUAGACGCACUAAGUGUGUCUGGGCAUCUGCCCCUUAAGGAGCCGGCUGGUACUCUGAACUUCCACACUGAGAACUGAGUCAGCUGGCAGCAGCCCUCUGUGCAGCCAGGAUGCGGCUGCAUUUGGGGCUCGGGAGUGGCGUGGCUGGUGGCCCACAUGGGCCGCAGAACUACCACAUGGGCAGAGCAACCUUGGUCUCUGCAGGGAUGUCCAGGUGCUGGCUGCAUCCCGUGGCUCUGACCGCUGAGCUGCCGUCCACUUACCGGCCGCUGCCGCAGAUGCCUGGCACUCUUUUGGGCUGUGGCCACAGGGCUGCUGCUUUCCCGCUGCCUGGAGACGGGCCCCAGGUGCACAGGGAGGGCUGCGGGCCACUCGCUCCCCUAGGACGAAGGCUGUUUCCAUCUGUAAACUGUGGCCCCUUUUGUUGUAACGGCUGGCUAAGAACUGUGGAGAUCCUUGCUGGUUGCUCAUGCUGGAGUGAGGGGCAGCUGCUGCCCUGCCCGGCCUCGGUUUCCCUGCCUGAGGAAGGCUGCUGCCCUCAGGUUGUCAGGACACCGCUGUCCUCACAAGCACUGCCUUCCAGCCCUGCAGGAAGAAGCCUCAGAAAUAAGCCUGAAUGUAAAACAACACACAGCACAAGGGCCUUAAAACCUUUUCGGUGCAACAAAUGAGCCCUUUCAGACUCUAGGAAACCACUGCGAAUAUGUGAAAUUGCAUAAUUGUUAUAUCUUUUAUUUACAUAUAGAAAUCAGUAAAACUUAAGACAAAACCAAAUGCAACUU